AUGGAGGAGAAUCUCAAGCGCCAGCUCUUCGGUUUGCCUCCAAGAUACAGAGACUCCGUGAGAGCCAUCACUCCGGGGCUCCCUCUCUUCCUCUACAACUACUCCACUCACCAGCUCCACGGGAUCUACGAGGCGGCUAGCUUCGGAGGAACCAACAUCGAGCUCAAUGCUUUCCAAGACAAGAAAUGUCCGGGAGAGUCUCGGUUCCCUGCUCAGGUCAGAGCCAUCACCAGGAAAGUGUGUUUGCCACUCGAGGAAGACUCUUUCCGACCCAUUCUCCAUCACUACGACGGUCCUAAGUUCCGCCUCCAGCUCACUGUCCCUGAGGUGCUCUCUCUCUUGGACAUUUUUGCUCAGCAAAACCCUUGA